GUUAUUCGUUACCUACGAAAACAAACUCACAAAAACUUGAGCUAGGUCAAGCAUGUGCCAACAACUGGAGGAUCAUUAGGAUGUGAUGCAUUGAUAAUCGAUCAUCAAAAGCGGACAGAAAUAUUUCUUGUUUUUGAAAUGAGGGAAAUUGAUGAUUAACAAGCGAAAUGUAAACUCAUAUGCCUGUGUACCUGUUACUUGUUUGACAGUUGUUUGAUUUUUGAGUAACACUGGGCCGACUACAAGUACAUCAUUCUACGAUAUACCGCAUAUACACUUAAAACAAUGAAUCUAAGCGACGAGGCACUUACGGAUUUAUACAAAUGGGUAGAUUCGAUACCUUUGUCCAAGCCAAAGAAAAAUAUAACGAGGGACUUUUCCGACGGAGUCCAGGUUGCAGAGAUAGUGAAACACUUCUUCCCCAAAAUGGUCGAGCUCUUCAACUUUCGGAUUUGUAAUAACACCAAACAAAAAAUGGAUAAUUGGGAAUUACUCAACAGAAAGGUAUUUUGCAAGCUACGAUUUGAACUUGACGAACAGGUGAUGAGAGAUAUUGCCAAUUCUGUGCCAGGUGUUUUAGAAAGUUUUCUAGAUAAAUUACGAACCAAAAUAGAUCAUGCACUUUGGCACAUGAAGAUGCAUCCUCCCCGACGGGAAAGUGAUAAACCAGAGGCUGACCAGGUUUAUGAUAUGAAUAGUUACAAAUAUUAUCACCAACUAGAUCAAUAUGGUAGCGUUCGAUCCGAUGCAAAGAGUGGUAAAACGGUUAAAAUUCCCACCCUGGAACCCUUUGACCCAUACAGAGAUGAAUCUCCUCAAAGAAAAGGUACACAACGUCGCAGAAGUCCAACAAGAGGUGAAUCCAUAGAUCUGAUCACCAGUCAGAACCUUGGAAGGUCCGAGCCAUUUGUGCCUCCUGAGAAUACUUUGGGUGCUUCUCGUCCUGUAGUGCCUUAUUUCAGUGGCCAACCGACUGAAGCAGUGUCCUUACUACAGUACCAGGGGAAAUGUCAGGAGAGUUUAACAAAGGAAGAAACCAUAGGGAUUCUCGAGAUUAAAAUCCGCAAACUGGAGCACCUGUUGCACCUUAAGGAUUUGAAAAUUGAAGAUCUUCAGGGCCAAAUCAAUCACCAUCAACCCACCGUUAAGACGAAGAAGCCACAAAAGUUUCAUUGAAAUUGUGAACUUUCAACAAAUGGUCUUCAUUAUCGCAUUUUUCAUGUGUGAAAAUACAUAUAUAAUCAGAAUGUCAUCCUUAGAAAAAUCAAAUGUUUUACUGUCAUAAUACAUAUAUAUAUGUAUAUAUAUAUAUGUAUAUAUAUAUAUAUAUAUAUUUAUAUAUGUGUGUGUGUGUGUGUGUGUAUACACAUUGAAUAUUUUCCCAACAACAUUUGUUUUCUUUCUUUAUGUGAAAUUAAUCUUUAAAGACGUGAAGACUACAUUUGUGAGGUGCACAGAACUAGAAAACAAAUGUUGGACAGUCGUAUUUGAAUUGACAAAUUUUAAUAUGUACAAACAAGAUCAUUAAAGAAGAGCAAACAUUCAAGAAAUGCAGGAAAAAAAACAUCAUUACUCUUAAAUCUUAAUAUUUCCGAGAGCAAAAAGAAAUUUUAAAAUUUAAAAGAAAUGGACCAGAUAUAUUGAUAUAGGCAGCAUUUUGAAAACGCAUUAUAAAGUUUGUUGUAGAUGUGAAUGUACGUUGGAAGCUUUAAACUUUUUCAAAAUAUUAAUAUAAAUGGGAUAUCAACAUUUUAUUUCUAACCAUCAAAUCAAAUUCUCAGUACCAUAACCUUCAUCUCUUUCGUAAGAUUUCAAUAACUUAACUUGUGUGAUUUUGAAGCGCUAAUUCAAGUAACAUUUCAAAUAAUCAUAUUGUUGAUUUGUUCAUUUAUAUUCUGAAACUAAUUGUGCCCAUUAUCAAUCAUAACUCAAAACAGAUGUAUAUAUUUUGUACAAGUAAAUGUAUCCAGUAUCAGUAUGAUAUUUAACAGAAUUCUUGGUCUCUUGGUGAAUUGGUCUCUGUAGCUUUUAGCUCAUUUGUCACAGUGAGCGUAUGGCGUUGUGCAGCGUCCGUCCCUGCAGCAUCAACAUUUCCUUUGAAACACAUUCUCAAUAACCAAGAGUUAAGGUACCCAGUUUAAAUGAACGACAUUGACCAUCUUUCAAGGUCACAGGGGUCAGAUGCGUUAUUCGUUUUUUAAUUGACUACCCUCUAGUUUACUAUGAGACAAAGUUUUGGUCAUGACAUUAAGCCAUUAAUAUGCUGGGAUGACGGCUACAGAGUUAUUUGAAUCUAUUACCCUAGCCUUGUCUUAUAUUUGAACGAAGUGGGAAUCAUCUUAACAUUUGCAUAAAUAACCUUGAUCAACUCAAAGAUGCAUUAAGCGCAGGUGAGCGAUACAAACACAUUGGGCCUCAUGUUAUAUGACACGCAUGCAUUGUGCAAGCUCUGUGAUUUUCUUUGGCUUGUAUAUUGAAGUGUUACCUGUGGCUUUUAGAGCAAAUUGACCAAGUGUUCUCAUAUACAUAUCACUUUAUAUUUUGCAUUUUUGGUGAGGUAAUAUUUUUAAAUUUCAAUCCUUUUGGGGAUUUUUUUUUCUUUUCAAAAAUAAUUACAAUCUGUACAUAAAUAACAUCAUCUCAGUAAGGAAAUAAUUGAACAGUUCGUGAAUAUUUUAAUAACAAAGAGUGUCUAAGAUUUUAAAUUACGACCUCUAAUGGUUCUUCCUUAACUCAGUGGUUGUAUGAUGUACGUAAGUUUUGAAUUAUCAUCGGGAAAGAAUCAACUGAUGGAUUGUAUGUCACAGGUAAUGUAUAUAUCUGUCAUUUGGCAAUUAUUCACAAGUAUAAGUACAAAACAUGUCAAAAAUCAAGAUCAGACUCAUGAGAUAUGUUCGGUACUAAAUCGAAGAAGAUAUCGAUUUCAAGGUUUCAACAGUUUUGACAAGUUCUUAUAUCCUGUGUAUCCAGUUGGCGUCUUAAGGACAGUAGAAUAUAGUUUUUUCACAGUGAACUAUUUAGCAGAUAAUAAUUUUCUUGUGUCGGAAAUAUAUUCUUAUUGUGGAGGUUUCCAUUGUAACUGUGAGGAUUUCCCAUAGUGCCCAUUUUUUUCUGUGAUACUAUUUGUCUACAAAAAAGACGUGUAUCUAUACAUGUUUGUUUCAUGUAAUUUUUGAGUUUGUAUUUACCAGGAACUAACGUUGGUUUGAAUUUGAUGUUUGUUUUCAUAUCAGAAAAUUGCAAUUAUUUUUUGCGAAUAUUCAUGCUUCCGUAAAGCAAAUGCUUUUCCAUUAAAAUAUGUUUAUCAAAAAAUAUUAUUUUCAAUUAUCUGUUACUAAACACUAAAAUCUAAACGUGUUGUUUUGUAUCUCAGAUUUAAGAUAUUAGUAAAGAACAUAUUCUUAUACAAUUUUCUAAUUAUAUUACGCUUUAAAUUUUCAUUUAAUUAGAUUUUUAAGUAAGACGGCGCAUUAUGCCCUUGAUUUCUAGAUAUACAACAAAUGUAGAUAUUUAGUUUUUUCCGUCCUCAAUUUUAAGCUCAGACAAUGAUACUUUCAGUAUUUGUUUUUAGAACUGGAUAAGAAUGUACAAAUGUCCAGAAUAUUCAUGUACCGUACUUGUAAAUAAAAAUAUUACAUUGGCACAUCA